UUAAGAUGCCGACUGCUAGUUAUUUUGUGAUCGACCGUGUGCUAGGUGUCGUUAGUUCCAAGCAACUUGAAGAGCUCAAGAGCAAUGCAGUAGAUCUCUAGCUUAUCGUUGUGGUUAUGCUGAAGCGUGAAUAACGUCUCCUUUCGAUGGCUUUGUAAUACAUUGCUAAAUGUGCGAUUCCUCGCUGUUGCAUUUUGCUCCAUAUUGUAAUUCUACGAAAGAUGUUCAAGUUCGGUUUUGCAAAGGAUUCAGCCGACGUUGACAGAGAAGAUGGUGAAAAGAAGGAGACAUUAGACUGGAAUCUCGCCUCGAAGUUUCAAGUAACAGCUGAGCAACUCAGGACGAAGUAUGAGACUGAUUAUUACACAGAAACGACAGCGUUUCCCAGUUUUAGAUUAAAAUUAAUUCGCUCCGAUAAAGUGCUGGAAGACUUGACCAAGCAGAAUUGUCAGAAUAUUAUUGAGGCCGAGUCGCAGCACUCCGAUCUUGUUCCAGCAAAAUACGAAGGUGGCUUAAAAGUCUGGGAAUGCACGUACGAUUUGGGUCGGUACAUAGUGCAGGAGGGACUCGAGCUAAAAGAUAAACUGGUAAUGGAUCUGGGUUGCGGUGUUGGAUUAGUUGGCCUCAUCGCCCUUCUCAAAGGUUCCACUGUCCACUUCCAAGAUUACAAUGCAGAAGUGCUGCGGUCCGUGACUGUCCCAAACGUGCUGAUGAAUCUUGAUAGCGCGAGCGUGUCGACAAGAUGCGAGUUUUACAGUGGCGACUGGGCUUCGCUGGCGACGUUGUUCGACGAUAACGAAAGCGGGAAGUACGACUACGUCUUUACGAGUGAGACCAUCUACAAUCCGAACAAUCAUCAGAAGCUGUACGAGGUUCUCAAGGCGAGGUUGAAGAUGGAUGGCGUCGUAUUCGUCGCCGGAAAAACCUAUUAUUUCGGUGUGGGUGGCGGAAUGAGACAGUUCGAGAGUCUCGUGUUAAGGGACGGGUGCUUCGACGUCAAGUCGGUUUGGAGAAGUCAAGAUGGAGUGAACAGAGAAAUUCUGAGGCUCACGAGUAAAACGCAUUAAAGACGCUAUUACACCUAGCGUGGAACAUUAUUGUCUUCGUGGACAUGUGAGGCAUCAAUUGGAAUGUUGUAAUCAACGAUUUUUGCUUUCGACGAUGAAACUCUUUCAAUUAUUUAUUGCUCGUAAAGCUUUCACCGUCGAGAGCUGUUGCUCAUAUUUUAUCAAUAAAACUUGUGAAUGUUUCC